AUGGCGAUCAUGUGGACUUUAGUAGUCUUCAGCUUGCUACACUUCAACCCAGAUCGGGCAGAUUCUUUUCAGAAUCCCGUGGUCUUUGAAGAUUUCGCCGACAACGACGUCACAGUUGGCCCUGAUGGACUAUACUAUUUUUCUGCCUCAAACAUGCACUACAGCCCGGGCGCGCCUGUUCUGAAAUCCGGAGACCUUGUUAACUGGGAACUCAUCGGUCACUCUGUCCCUACUCUCGACUUCGGAGAACGUUACAAUUUGACAAAUGGACAUGCAUAUCGUGGAGGUACAUGGGCCUCUACCAUGCGGUUCCGCGAGAGUACUGGGCUUUGGUAUUGGAUUGGUUGUGUUGAUUUCUAUUAUACCUACGUUUAUACCGCCAAGGAUGCCGCUGGACCAUGGACUAGGGCGGCUGUGCUUCCCGGAGGAACAUGCUACUAUGAUUGUGGUCUCUUAAUAGACGACGAUGAUACGAUGUACGUGGUAUACGGUUCUACGGAUGUAUCUGUGGCCCAACUAUCCGAGGAUGGGCUCAGCGAAGCGCAGGCCAAACAUGUCUUCAGCGCUUCAGACGUAGGGAAAGACGCGAUUGAGGGGAACCGAAUGUACAAGAAAGAUGGCCUUUACUACAUCCUUGAUGACCAUCCAGGCGAUAUCACAUAUAUCUGGAAGUCUGAUAGCCCCUGGGGUCCAUAUGAGAGCAAGAUACUCGUCAAUGGCGUCAAGACCCCUCUUGCAAGUGGAGGGGGCGCACCUCACCAAGGAAGUCUUGUUAAAGCUUCAACUGGAGACUGGUACUAUAUGUCCUUCACAUGGGCAUACCCCAACGGCCGUAUACCAGUUUUAGCUCCUGUCAAGUGGGAAGAUGAUGGCUUCCCUUCUUUCGUCGCAGACGGAUCUGGUGGAUGGGGCUCCUCUUAUCCGGCGCCACUUCCACUAAAAACUGUUCAAAGUUGGACUCGCACUGACACAUUUGAUGGAGAUUCUUUGACACCCGAUUGGGAAUGGAAUCACAAUCCGGACGAGACCAAGUACAAAGUUGGCGAUGGCGGCAUCACCUUAUCCACUGUAACCGUAACAGAUGACUUCUACGCAGCACGUAACACGCUAACCCAUCGAGUUCACGGCGAGUUUCCCGUUGGCACCCUUGAAGUCGAUUUCAGCAAAAUGGCCGAUGGCGAUCGAUUUGGUCUCGCGGCUUUCCGUGAUCGCACCGCUUAUAUUGGUGUCUAUCGCACUGGAGCGGAUUACACUUUGACCGUUGUCCACAACAUUACUCAAGAUGAAUCCUCACUGAAUACGACUGGUAAUGGGAAUGUAGUUGCUACAGAAACGAACAUCCCCUCGGACAAGACCUUAUGGCUUCGAGCAUCGUUGGAUGCGCGUGCGAGCGGUACAUACGCUGCCAACUUCUCUUACAGCACCGACGGGCAAGAGUUUACUCAACUAGGAGAGCCGUAUACCAUGUAUACUGGAUGGUCUUAUUUCAUGGGUUAUCGCUUUGGAAUCUUCAAUUACGCCACCAAAGAACUUGGUGGUUCAGUCCGAGCCCUUUCGUUUACAAGCGCCUAA